UACCUUAAAGAUAAGAGGGUCAGAUUCAUGUGAAUCAAACUAAACCAUGUCGAUCUCAUAGCACUUCUGUCAUACCUUACACACAGGAGGAAAAAUGAAUAGCUGCUACUUGUUUUUUCUUUUCCUUUUUGUCUGUAAAUCACAAUCACAGACAGCCCCAAUUUUCUCGCCAGAAGUAGAGCAGGGUCGGAUAGACAGUUUUGAGCUGGACGAAGCUUCCGGACUUGCUGCAAGUCGUCUGCACCCUGGAAUUCUGUAUUCGCACAAUGAUCACGGUGAUCGGCCGAGACUGUUCGCCAUCAAUGCAUCUACGGCUGAGGUUGUUGCCACACUUGAAAUAAGCCCAGCGUAUCACAACGAUUGGGAAGAUAUAGCUGUUGGUCCAUGUGCCAAAGGAGAUCAACGCACGUGCAUCUAUAUCCUUGACGACGGUAACUAUCACGGUGUUGACAAGAGGACUGUUUAUCGUGUCGUUGAACCAGACACAAUGGUCGACCAAACAAUAGCACCUGAUUCAACCUACAAGUACAACUGGACGGAGACGGCAGCCGAUACAAUCAUGGUGGAUAACAAUGCGGACAUUUACGUGAUCAGUAACACGUUAGGUGGACGUGGUAUGAUCGCUAAACUACCAGCACAAGCAUGGGGCCAGAAAAAUCCGGUUUAUAUAGACUCAGGAUCAUACUUUGCUAUGUACUCAUCCCACCAUGACCCUGCAGGAGGAGAUAUUUCACCAGAUGGCACAGAAGUGUUAGUGAAGACACGGGAUUACAUUUACUACUGGAAACCGGCGGACGGUGACAUAGUCGCGGCACUGACACAUCCAGGAAUUAAGGUUCCCUACUAUAAGGAGAGGUUAGGGGAGGCGGUAUGUUGGUCAGCGGACGGAUCGGCCUAUUAUACCUUGGGAGAAGGACUACACCAAAAGCUGUAUAUGUACGAACGUGCAUAAUAUUAAUAUAUUACGUAAAAGAU